ACCGAGUCACCACUCCACCGCUCCUGCCCGUAGUCGUCGGGCGCUAUCGCCGCCUGCCUCGCCGCUCCUGCCUAGCGCCACCGCGCCCACCGCGCUCCAGCCAGCUGAAAUUUCUGACACGGGUCAAUUUUCACCCUCUACGUCGGCGGUUGCUCCGUUAAUCAGGGGACGAAAUGGCUCGCACGGCGCCUCCGCUCUCGGCGCUGCUCCGCCGCCUCUCUUCCCAUCCCUCCCACUCGCCCGCAUUCCACGCCGCGCUGCUCAAGUCAUCUUCCCUCUCCAGCCCCAUCCCGGCCACCGCCCUCCUCACCGCCUACGCGAAAGCCGGCCUCCCAGGCGCCGCCUCCCGCCUGUUCGACGAAAUGCCCGCGCGCGACGCCAUCGCCUGGAACGCGCUCCUCGCAUGCCACGUCCGUCACGCGCGCUGCGCCGCCGUCGCUCAAGCCUUCCGCGGCAUGGCGGCCGCCGGGUUCGCGCCAACGGCCGCCACCCUCUGCACCAUGCUCAAGGCCUGCGCUUCCUCCCGCGCCGUCCGCCCCGGCCGCCAGGUCCACGCGCGGACAGUUCUCGCGUGCCACGGUGAUGUCAUUAUGACGACGGCUCUUGUGGAUCUCUACAUGAGCUGCGGCUGUGUCGAGGAGGCCAAGAAGCUGUUUAUCCACACGGACUGCCCCAAGGACGUGCCGCUCUGCAACUCUGUUCUCUCGGGCUGCGUGGAGAAUGGUCAAUUCCGGGAGGCUUUCUUGAUGCUGGGGGGUAUCGAACUCAAUGGAAUCACACUGACAUGCGCUCUCACAGCUUGCUCAGCCGCAGCAAACCUUGCAUAUGGUCUUCAAGUGCAUUGCAAGGUUCUCCGCUGCGGGUUUGAUUCUGAGACCGUCCUAUGCAAUGCACUCAUUGACAUGUAUGCGAAGUGUGGGCGGACAACAGCUGCGCGUGUGGUGUUUGAUCGUAUGACUCGCAGAAAUGUCGUUUCCUGGUCCAGUAUGAUUGAUGGUUAUAGUCGCCAUGGGCAUGGCAAAGAGGCUUUGGAUUUGUUUGAGAGGAUGGAGAAAGCUGUACCCAUUGUCUUGCCUAAUGCCAUUACAUUUCUUGCUGUUCUCUCAGCUUGUGGACACUCUGGUCUUGUGGAUGAAGGCCGAUCCAAGUUACAUCUGAUGAAAAGAAAGUAUGCGAUUGAUCCAGGACCAGAGCACUAUGCGUGUUUUAUUGACAUGUUAGGCCGGGCAGGACUGAUUGAUGAGGCAUGGGAUCUGUACUGUUGUUUACAUUCGAACAUAAACGAACUCCAUGGUGCAAUCUGUGUGGCUAUGCUGAAUGCAUGUAUGACUAACAUGGAUGUGGCAAGAGGAAACAUGGUUGCUGAGCAUAUCCUGAAGGUUGAUCCACAGAGUCCUCGAAAUCUUGUGUUAAUCUCAAAUUUUCACGCUGCUGCUGGACAAUGGUCUAUAUCGGAUGAGUCAAGGAAGGUUAUAAUGGACAUGGGUCUCAAUAAAGAAGCAGCUAGUAGUCAUGUCUCCAUUGGCUAAAACUAAUUUGCACAAAUAUGGAGGUACAGUUCAUUGAUUUACCUGCAUAUACUAUAAGUGUAUCAACAAAUACUUUUUCUUUUAAAACAAACCAACAAAUCAAUGUUGCUAA